UUGGAAAAAAGCUCUAUUUUGAUUGUUUUCACAUGAGCAGGUCAAGAAGUUAUCGAUUUCCUAAAACGCAUAUCCAUAACUUAGCACUGGUUUUGAUUCCGGAGCAUGGUGUUCUGAGACUAUGUCCGAAGGCACAACUAAAUAAAGAAAGGGAGGAUAGAGAAUCAUGUCUUUCUGAUAAAUUAAGACAUCAACCAUUAGAGAAAAUUUUGGAAGGAGCCAAAAUAUCGAUCAACGAAGUUCUUAAAUAUGAGUUGAAGGACAGUGACCUUUUAGAUGGUAGACAGUACCAUCGUACUUAUUUAGUUAGACCUGGUUUGUCGGCCAAAAGGUUCCUCGUUCAGUGGGUACGUCAGUUAAGCGAAGACGAGCUUAUCAGAAUUUUUAGCAAGAAGGAUGCAAUUCAACGACGACCGUUGUCUUCGUUUCUAAAUUAUGGUCAUUUGGACGAUGUGGAUUUCACACUUAAUGAAGAUAUUAAGACUGGACUUAAAUUACGUCGUUCUCUAAGUGUUCCAGCAGAAAUCUGGUUUACCGAGUCUGAUGAAGCAGAUGAUAUAGAAGAUGUUUCCCCCGAGUAUUUAUUCGAGUCUGUUGUCCCGCCAAACAGUACACAACCAACUGAUUAUUCAUUUUGUAUGGAACCACAAAACCUUAGAUACGAGACAACUCAUUCUCUCGAUGAACUGAUUAGCGAUGUAAAUGAAAAUGAAUUGUUAGCAUUCAGUUCUUAUGAUCCAGAUCAAUUUAUUCAAACACAGAAUACUGAUAACAAUAAUACAAUUGAAAAUGAAAAACACAUUAAUUUAAAUAUAACUAAACAGAAUCAAGAAAAUUCAGUAGUAAAUAUAAAUAAAGAUAAACUGAUCAGUUCAGAGAUAAAAGAUGAAAUUCAAUAUUCAAAGGAUAACAUUGUCAAUGAAAUUCCUACAACAAUAAUUAAAAGUGAUUCAAAUGUUGUCAAUGAGUCACCCAUGUUUGAUGAUGACAAUGUAUUUUUGAAUGGAUCCAAUGAUGAUGAUGAUGCAAACAAUGAAAUUCGUAUAGAAUAUGACGAUUAUCAAUAUGAAACGGAAAGGAAUCGAAAUGGAUCGAUCGAACAAGAAGAAAAUAUUCCUUUUAAUAUAAAUGAAGAAGAAAAUGGUGAUCAUAUUCCGCCUAGAAAAAAUUGCACACUAAAAUCAUUCGAAUUAUCUGUUUCCCCUUCACAUGUUACAAUUUCAAAACUUCCAGCAUUAUCAAGAAAUAAAACGUUACCGAUUAUAAAAAGAAAAUCUAAAAAAACAUCUUGUAUUGAUUCGAAUCAAGUUCAUGUACGUGGAAAGAGAUUUAAAUCGGACAGUGAUUCUACGAUAUUAGAAGAAUCUACACUGAAAUUGCCACCAAUAAUUUCAAAAUAUCCAAGUCAACAAUCAUUUAUUAAAAUGAAUGAAAGCGACGAGAAAGGAAACGACAAAUUAAAACAAAAUUCUAGUGAUAAUAAUAAUAUGAACAAUAAUGAUGUUGAUGAUGACUAUGAUAAUGGAAGUGAAGAAAAUGUAAUCACUGGUAUUGAACAUAGUUUAUCGUUUAAUACACCAGUUAAAGUUUCAAUGGAAUCUGUCGACAAAUUACCAUUUAUAACGGAUUCCAAUGAAAAUAAAAUUACAAUGCCAACGUUAAAUAUUUUUAAUCACGAUGCGCAUUCCGACGAUUGUGCUCGUCUUGAUGACGAUUUGAACAGCCCAUUGAAAAAUGACGAUGAUAACAUUUUACUAAGACCAGACAAUUCUGCGAAUGAUAAACGACACAGUAUUAUUAUUAAUCUUGAACCAAUCCUUCCAAUAAUUGAAACCAACAAUAACUCAAUGGUGUUUGAAACAUUCAGAAAAAAAUCUAUCCCACUGCCAUUUUCCAAACCGAAGGGUUAUUGGCCUAAUAAAACGGCACGUAUUGACAAAGAUGUACAAUUUGCUUUUGUUCCAAUAAAUCAAUCUGAUGUACCACUGAAUUCAGCAAAUGAACCAACUGGGAGAAGACCGACUGAGUUGAAAUCUGAACGUUCAACUAUCAGAAAGCAACCGAUUGGUCAAAUAUCACAAACAAAUUCCGAUAGUUUAGGAUUAACAGUGAUAGAUUCAUUAAAAAAAGUACAAAAGGGUAUUAAAGACAAUGUUCCAAUGCACAAUCCACCACUAAAAAGACACAUAAAACCGCGACCUAAUCCUGAUGAUUUUUGUAUGACGAUGUGGAGUUAUCAAGAAAUAAAACACGAAGAAGUUCCACUUCCUGAAUUACUCGAAAUCCUUCUAUCAGGGAAAUCAGAUUUAAUUUCAAAAAGAGUUUUUGGUGAAAUUCAACCACAUCGUAAUUUAGCGCAAGAAUUAAGAACUGCUAUCGAGACAAUUUAUCGUGUCUUACCAAAAUCGCAUGCAUUUGGUAGUAUAGCUAAUUUAAUUGGAAUACGACCAGGUUAUAAACUAGAAACACAAAUAUUAAAACAUGGUUAUACACAAAAAGAAUACAAAAAUAUACUUAUUAAAACACUUAGAGAUGCAUUUAAGCAUAGUACACUGCAACAAGUGAUGUCGAUUCAACAAAAUUAUGAUUUAGAAAAAUUAAUUAUACAAAUUGCUGAAGUAUGCAGUAUAGUAGCGACAGAAUUAAUAGGAUCAGAUACAGCAAAACCUGGUAAACAUUUUACAGGUUUAAACUUGGAAACACUUAUCAUGAAUCUGAUCAAAGGGGCUAUUUAUGACACUCCACUUGCUAAUCGUGGCGUUUUAAGUGGAUUAUUAGCUGCAGCUGGAGGUGGGAUUGAAGCUUUACUGGGUUUGAUUGGAUCGGUCGGUGGUGGUGUUGAAGGAUUAGCUAGGCUACUAGCUUCAGGUGCUAAUCCAUCUGAAGCUUUAGGUGAAUUAUUAAAAGGUCUCGAUGAUGAUCCACUAAAUGCUUUAAAACAACUUGCCAACGCUAUGGGUGGAGGUGUGGAUGGAAUUAAAAAUAUAUUGAAUGCACUAGGUGGUGAUAAACAAACAGCUUUAAAAGAACUAAUCAAACAAGUUGGCGGUGGCGCUGAAGGAAUUAAAAAUCUAUUCGAAGCUGCUGGUGGUAUCAAAGAAUUAAUGGAAAGUUUAUUUGGUGAAGGUUCAGAAGGAUUAGCUGGCUUAAUAGCAGCUGCUGGAGGUGAAUUAGAAGGUUUAAAAAAUUUGAUACAAGCUGCUGGUGGUGGAGUUGAAGGGAUUAGAAGUUUAUUAGAAUUAGGCGGUGAUCAUGUAACUGGAUUGAAAAAUCUCUUAACUGCUAUCGGUGGAGAUAAUGUAGCUGAUGCCUUGUCUACUCUCAUAAAGGCUGCUGGUGGUAUAAAAGAUGGAUUAUCCACUUUAUUACAAGAAUCUGGCGGUGGUCUCAAAGGUUUGGAGAAUUUACUUGAAGCUAUUGGCGGUGGUGUUGAAGGGUUGAAAAAUUUAUUGAAAGCAACGGGUGAUGAUCCAACUGAAGCAUUGGCUAACAUUUUAGCUGCCGCUGGUGGUGGAAUAGAUGGUUUAAAAAAUCUAUUGGAAGCUAUAGGUGGUGGUGCUGAGGGACUGAAAAGUUUGUUGAAUGCAAUGGGUGAUAAUCCAAACGAAGCUUUAUCUAAUAUUUUAAAAGCUUCUGGUGGAGGUAGUGAAGCUCUGAAAAACUUACUUGAGUCGAUCGGGGGAGGGGUUGAAGGUUUACAAACACUUUUACAGGCAUUAGGAGGUGAUCCUACGCAAGCUUUAGCCAAUUUAAUCGCUUCUGUUGGUGGAGGAGAAGAAGGUUUGAGGAAUUUUAUUGAAGCAGUUGGUGGCGGGGCUUCUGGACUGACUAAUCUUUUAAAAUCUUUAGGUGGUUCUACUAAAGAAGCCUUAGAAGCUUUGCUAACUGCUUCAGGUGGAGGAAUAGAAGGUUUGAAAAUUUUAGUGUCUGCAGCUGGUGGAGGAGCGGAAGGUUUGAAAAAUAUCAUAGAAGCUGCUGGAGGUGGUUUAGAAGGAUUAAAAAACCUGUUAUCUUCACUUGGAGAUGAACCUGUUGAGUCGUUGAGAUCACUAUUGUCAAAUAUUGGAGGCGGUGUUGCAAAUCUAAUUACAGCUUCUGGGGGCGGUGCGUCUGGUUUAAAAAAUCUGUUUGAUGCAGUUGGUGGAGGUGUACAAGGUUUAACCAAUUUAUUGAGUGCAUUAGGUAGUGAUAUGAAUGAAGCACUAAUUAACCUACUUAACGUAACUGGUAACCAAGAAGAAGAUUUCAAGAAUUUGAUUGAAGCAUUAGGUGGUGGUGUUGAAGGUCUUGACAAUUUAUUCAAAGUUAUCGGCGACAAAGUUGGCAUUGAAGGUUUAUUAAAAACACUAGGUGGUGGAGCUAAAGGUUUGGCAACUUUGUUGAAUUCAUUUGGUGAAAAUGGCAAUAAAGAAGAAAUAAUAAGAAAAUUAAUAGAAAUGUCUGGUGGAGGUGCAGAAGGAUUAGCUGCUUUAUUAAAAUCUGCUGGUGGCAGUAUAGAUUCUAUUAAAGAAAUCUUGAAUGCAUUUGGUGGUGGACAUGAAGCAUUAGCUAAAUUACUGGCAUCAUGUGGUGAUAAUCCAGCAGAAGCAUUAAAAGUCUUGUUAGAAAUGUUAGGUGGUGAUGAAAGCGCAUUACGAAAUCUAUUAUUAGCCAGUGGACUUGAUCCAAAUGAUCCAACUGCUUUGAAACUACUUUUUGAAUCAUUAGGUGGAGCUGAUGUAGGUCUCACAAUUUUAGUUAAUGCUAUGGGUGGUGGUGAAGAAGGAAUGAAGAGAUUGUUGAAAACACUUGGUGAUGAUGGACUUGCCAAUCUUAUCACAGCAGCUGGUGGUGGAGAAAAUGGAAUGGAAGCUUUAAUUAAAGCUAUAGGUGGUAAAGGUGUUGAAGGUUUGACAGCGUUCAUUAAUCUGUUAGGUGGAAAAGAAUAUGGUCUAGCUACUUUAAUUGCAGCUGCUGGUGGAGGACAAGUUGGAUUAGCCGCAUUACUUAAAGCCGCUGGAAAGUUUUCUGAAGAUGGAGAUGGUUUAGCGGCAUUGAUUGCAGCAGUUGGUGGUGGUGCUGAAGGUUUAGAAGUAUUAAUAAAUGCGGCUGGUGGAGAUGAAGAAGGAUUGAAUAACUUAUUACAAGCAGCUGGUGCAACAGACUCUAAUUCAAAAGCUAAUAUUUUAAAGACUUUGAUUGCUGCUGGAGGUGGAGGUCAAGAAGGUUUCAAUAAUCUUCUAAAAAUACUUACUCGAGGUAAACAUAAAAAACCAAUAGAUGGAUUGUCGAAUUUAUUGAAAGUACUUGGAAAUAAUCCAGAUACAUUAGGAAUUCUUUUAGAAGCGAUUGGUGGUAAUUCUGAUGGAUUGGCGGAUAUAUUGGCAGCGGCCGGGGGAGGUGCAGAAGCCUUACAACUCUUGAUUAAUGCAGCAGGCGGUGGUGCUGAAGGUUUAGUUAAUUUAUUAGCUGCAGCUAAACUUGACAGUCUACAACAAUUAGCAGAUGUUUUAGCUGCCGCAGGUCUUAGUGAUGAUCUUGUUUCAGCUGCUAGAUCGGGUAAUUUAUCGGAAUUUUCAGAGUUAGUAGCCCAUAAUGCAGCAGAAGAGAAUUAUAUGAGAACAAAAAGUGGUAAAACGAAAGAACUGUGUAGAGAAGAAAAAGAAUGGCUUCGUACACGUCCAACUGGCCCUAUCAAUUUCUUCCGUAAACUUACAACUACAAAACAAACUUAUAGAAAAUGGAAAAAAUUAACUGAAAUGGCUUUUGCAGCACAGAAAGAAGUAGAUUUGACUAUUCUACCGGAAUUUUCUCAGUCAACUAUUGAAUCAACACUACUUGAUCUUCACCCAUAUCGACAACGUAAUCAAGAGCAGUUAAACAAGUUUGCAACUCAAUUAAAUUCUAAUAUUUUAAAGUCUCUUAAAACACAAAUGAUACGGUUAGACAAAAAAAUUGAUUCUGAAUUAAAAGAAACAGAUUUAUUCAACGAAAAUCAAUGUCUUGAAGAACAACGUCUUAGACAAGAAAAAGAAGAAGACGGAAAUCAAACAUUUGAUUUAACAAAAAGUCAAUUAUUUGAUGAAGAAGAACGUCAAAACGAAGAAGAGUUGUUAUUGGAAAGCAAAAGAUUAAUAGAAGCAUUUGAAAAUCACGUUAAUAUGCGUAAAAAGCUCAGAGAUGAAGAAAUCUUAGCUAAAUAUAAAGAUAAAGAUGAAUUAGUUAUUCCUGAACUAGAAGGCUUUCAACAUACUGCUGAUAAGGUUGAUCUUCAUGAAUUAAAAAUUGAAGAAGUAUUGACUGAAGUUACAGAUGAAGAAGAAAAAGAGGAAGAAGACAACGAAGUUGAAGGAACGCAUGAAGACAUACGCAAAUCAACAAGAUUGCAAUCACGACUUCUAAUAGUACAUGAUUUAUUACGUGAGAGUAUAGGUCUGGAACGAAAUUUAAAGAUUACUCCCGCUUUCGUGUGGUCAUACUUUGAGUUACUCAGAAAAAUUGAUAAUAAGCUUCAAUUAACAGGUUUUGCUGAUCCAGGAGAUGAUAACAGAAUGAAUUCAUCACUGGAUGUUAUUGUUUGACCAAACAUUAUCUCUGUUUUUUUUGUACGUAUAACAUAUUUUUAUUUCUAUUUCGUUCGAAUAAUCAAUUACUACACUUGUGUAACUAUCGUG